CGGAUCUCCCACCCCGGCAGGUACGGCUGAGGGGAGCGCGCGGGGUGUAACGGUACCGGCGCCGUGGCCGUGGCGUCCCUUGGCGGAGGUGAGGGAGGAUCCCGAUCGGCUCUGGCGCGCUGCCGGGUCCGUCGCACUUUGCCGCGGCUCGACGGCCAUGGUAAGUUUGAGAAGCAGAAGAGGAGUUUUGGAUGGUUUAAGGCUCAUGAUGAGUUUGCUGUAAAAUGUCAAGGAUGGUACAGAUGGCUACAGAGAACUGCACCAGGAUAGUGAUUGAUUUUGGGGGAUCUGAGAGAUGAUGAAGUAAGUCUUUUACUGCCCACUGCGUUUGCCAGAAGAUGCACCAGGACAGAACACCGAUUGAAAGUUUGGAGGAAUGCACGCUUCAAAGAAUAAAAACACAGAAAAGGCAGAACCAUUCUACAGGCUGUCAGUGCCAAAGCAGAAGACCAGUUCUGAGAUUAUAAAUGAAGCCAGAAAUGUUCUACGAACACUAAGAACUCGGAGACCGUUUACACCUACAGAGGAUCAAAGGAAACUUUUUGGAUCUGGAUCCUCACGAACUCCUCAAAAUAGACCCCCUUCAGUUUUUAGUCUUCAUGCAUCCAGUUUUGAUUUGGCUGAAUCAAGACCAGUGUCUGGUGUUCGUCUUAGCCCACUGGAUCAUAAACCAAUACUAGUCACUUUUGCAAAAGAUGAAGAUUCUUCCAUUUGCCUUCCAAAACCUCCUGCCAGUGCUGCAGAGGUUAGAAAAGUCAGCAGUGUUCGGGCACGCUUAUUUAGAAGAACUUCUCAGGGAAAUUUCCUUUCUGCUGAAAUGGUUCCUCCUGAUCAGAAUGAAGAGAAGCUAGAUUCUGAAGAACCAGCUAUGAUGAAUAAUCUUUGCAGAAGUAAUAACAACUGCUUAGCAGAGCAAAGGUCAUACACACCAUUUAAUGAUGAAAGUAGAAAAUUAAUUUGUAACGAGGUUAUCAGCAGAUCAGAGAGGGAAGACUUCCUAAAAGAGAAAGCAGGAAAAUUUUUAUUUCAAGUGAGAGAAGGAAGUGUCAACACUGAUGGCAGAUUUGCUGAUGAAGAGCAACAGUUUCCCUGUGACCAGAUGAAAAAGCCCGGCACAAGUUCAUCGUGGCCAAGGAGUACGGGCUGGAAGAGAAGAGUAACAGGCUUAGAGGAUGAAACAAGAAUAAAUGAAUCGGAACAGGAAGAAAUCUUUUGGCAUAUAAAGAUUCUACCAAUUCUGCAUGAACUGGAAAAAGAGGACAAUAUAGAAAAUCUUUGUCUGGCUUGCAUCAAGCUCUAUCAAGCCUUGCAUGAAGGAAACAUGCUUGGAAAAAGAUUUAAAAGAAGAAGUGUGCUUCUGAAGACAUUAUAUAAACUUGUAGACAUUGAUUCAGAUCCACUUUGCCUGAAGGUGGCAAAGAUUAUUCUGGCUAUGAAAGUGGAUGAAAAAAAUCUUCUCAGUGUUUGCAAGCUUGCCUUUAAAAUUUGUAGGAAUGAAAAAAAUGAUUACAUCAUUCAAAAUGACAGAUUAUUGGAUUGUUUGCUAGAGGUCCUGAGAACUGAAGAUCUACAAAAAAACAAUGAAGCUCUCCUGUAUUGCAUGGGAGCUAUAAAAUUCAUGUCUGGAAAUGCAGUACUCCUUAAUGAAAUGGUCAUCAAAGGAGCUGUUGAAAUGUUGCUGCAGUUAAUGAAGCGGAUUAAUAAUAUAAAAGAAAAUGACACAUAUUUCUCCAACUUGGGCCACCUAGUAGUCCAGCUGACAGCUACUUUGCGAAACUUGGCUGACUUACCUCCGGCAAGACGCCAACUCAUUUGCGGUGGUGCAGUCUCUGAGCUCUGUGUGGCGCUAGAGCAGCGUAUGAAUGAUAAGGAUGUCUGCACCUAUAUUGUCAGGAUAUUCAGCAAACUUUCCUCCUACGAUGACUUCUGUGCAGCUUUAGCAGACUGUUCCAGAUGUUACAUCUUAUUUUUAGCCCUACUAAACAAACACCAGAAGCAGCAGGAUUUGGUUAUCCGUAUCAUCUUCAUUCUUGGUAAUUUAACAGAAGAGAAUAACCAAGCCCGUGAGCAAUUUUUUAAAGAAAAAGGAAGUGUUAACACUUUGAUAUCGUUAUUCCAAACCUACCAUGAACUUGAUUUGAAUGCACAGAAAUGGUACCAUGAAAGAGAAGGGGAAGAAAAAACCCACCCAAAGCAUCCUUCAGAAACAGAAGAUGUUCUGAUAAAACUGAUAAGAGUGCUGGCCAAUCUCUCCAUUCAUCCCAGUGUAGGAGCAGCUCUGGCAGCUGCCCAUCGUGUUGUGGAAUUACUUGUUACAGUACUAGAAUACAAGUCAGUUGAUGACUGUGAGGAGUUGGUCAUCAAUGCUGCAACAACAAUCAACAAUUUAUCCUACUACAAAGUGAAAAGUUCUGCUGUUCAAGACAGGAAGCUACACAUUGCUGAAAUGCUUUUAAAGCUGUUAAUGAGCAACAAUAUGGAUGGAGUUGUGGAGGCUGUCAGAGUCUUUGGCAAUCUUUCCCAGUAUCAUGAGAUCUGUGACUUCAUCAUACAGAAGAAGAUAUACAAGUUCGUGAUUGCUUUACUUGAUGCCAAGAAGCAAGAUGUCUGUUUUUCUGCCUGUGGAGUUCUGCUCAAUCUCACAGUAGAUGAGAACAAACGAGCUCUUCUGAUGGAAGAAGGAGGAAUUGGAAAGUUAGUUGACUGUUUACGAGACUUUGGACCGUCUGACUGGGACCUGGCUUGUUUGAUAUGCAAAACCUUGUGGAACUACAGUGAAAAUAUCACAAGUGCAGCUUCAUGCUUUGGAGAAGAUACCGACUUGUUGCUGGUGCUGCUUACAUCACUCUUAGAUGAAGAGCUAGCCUUGGAUUACAGCCUCGACAGAGAUUUAAGGGACUACCACAAACUAUAUUGGGAAAGAGAGUUCAAACCUGUGGCAGAAAAACUUCUUGACAGAAUUCAGACACAUCACUCCUUUCUUCCCACUGUGACUAUUACUCCAUUUUAAUCAGUCUGGUUUUUUUGGGGGGGUUUGUGGUGUAGAUUGUACAUCUUUUAUUUCUGAUAUCCCUGUAUAUUGCCAUUGGGAAGCGUGUUGGAGAGCAUGGCAUUUAUAUACGGGGUACUAUCUUUUGAGAAGCUUGUAUUAAAUUUUUGCAUGUGUAAUUAUUUUUUACAAUAUAUUUGAGCUGAUCAAGCA